GAAGACGAUGAUUUGAAGGAGUACAUUCGAGCAACCACCUUUCUGGUGCUGAUUGGUGUUGGGGAGGACCCUUUUAAGUUAAGUCCCCUUCUCAUUUGUGUGGAAGGGAACGAACUGGUGAAUGUGACAUUGUGUUCCUGUUCAACGACACUGCAAUAUUUGGAGUACAGAAUUCCUAGGGCCAAAAAACAAAGUUCCAUUCAGAAAUUUACGAAAGAACUUGAGCACUAUAUGAGUGCGGAAUAG